AUGGAAGACGCCAAGCAGCUACAUCAUCGUCUGCUCAAGUUCACACGAGGUGAGGUGACGGAUGAGGACAAUGCAUUGGAUAUUCUGCGUACAUUAGAGAAUUCUGCUGUAACGUACACAAUUUUGAAGGAGACAAAAAUGGGACAUACGGUCGGAAAGUUACGUAAACACGCAAACGAAAAGAUUGCGAAUCUGGCUCGUCUGCUGGUCAAGUCAUGGAAGAACAUGGCGUUGUCCCCUCGUGCUACUUCCGAGCCAGAGCGCAAGCCAUCGAGCAGUAGCAAAAUGGCUCAAGAGGCUUUGGAAGCAAGACUUUCUGGCUCUAAUGGACUAAAGACAGCCCCUAAGCCUGAAGCAGCUAAAGUGAGCUCUUCAUCGUUUAUUCCUGCUGGACUGGACAAGGUUCGAGCUACUGUACGGAUGAAAGUAAAAGAGAUUUUAGAAGUUUCUGAAGGUGGCGGAGAUGUCGGACAAGUGGCGGCUGCUAUUGAGGUGGCAAUGGCAAGAACGUACCAUAUGGGAGCUCCUGGAGAACAGAAGAAGGAGUAUAUGGCCAAGUAUCGCCAGUUGUCGUUUAACUUGAAGAAGAAUGGAGAGCUGCGGCAGAAUUUGCUGGAUGACAGUGUCAGUGGGGAUCAAUUGGUUAAGAUGACGGCAGAAGAGCUAGCAACGGAGGAGAAACGAGCGCAGAUUGAAAAGCUAAGGGAUGAUGCAUUCCAGGAAGCACGUCUGGAUUGGGCUGAAGCCAACCAUGAAAAAAUUCAGAAGCAAACGGGUACUGAAGGUACCAAGGGUUUGUUUACUUGUGGACGUUGCAAAUCGUCCAAGACCAGUAACACACAGAAGCAGACGCGCAGUGCAGAUGAACCGAUGACGGUAUUUGUCAUGUGCCACAAUUGUGGCAAUCGAUGGAAAUGCUAG